AUGAGGGUAUUCGCCUUUGGAUCCAACGGAUCAGGCCAAUUGGCCAUCGGUCACACCGAAGACGUCUCCACACCAACAGAAUGUCUCUUCACCACACCCGCACCCACCGACAAAAUCACAAAGAUCAGCCCGUGCGAUCCAAACGAGCGCGAAACCUCCCAAACUGAAGAGACCAUACUCCGUUUCCGCCGGCUGGUUCUCACUGACCGCGUUACUGCCAAGGACAUUGAUACAUUCAAAUGUAUCUCCGCAACAUGGGAGGGAAGUAUCCUCGUUCCCUCCACGGCAGAUAAAGUAUUUGUCUUGGGCUCGACGCCAAAGGGCGAAUUAGGUCUAGGCAAAGAUCUCGCCGCAACGGCCCCGACCCAGGUCUUAGUUGAACCGGGUCUUACGAUUCCGGACUUCCCUCCUGCCGGUACGACGAUUGUCUCGGUAGCGAGUGGGAUGGGCCACACCGUGGCUAUACUUUCUAAUGGUCAGGUCUAUGGCUGGGGCGGAUCAAGGAAGGGUCAAUUGGGUGCUUCGCUUAAGGAAGAGAAGAUUGUUUGGAGUCCUGCUAAGGUCGGGGGCGUUCCGUUCUUUGCUACUGGUGCGGUCUGUGGACGCGAGUUUACCGUUGUUAUUGGGAAGAGGGCUGCGGGUGAGUUUGCUGUUCUUGGCGAUGAAGGGAAUCGGUGGGGGAUUAUGGAUAUUCCUGAUUCUUUACGGGUUUCUUCUGGGGAGAGUGGAAGUGGCCGAAAAGAGUAUCUUGAUAUCGGUGCUAGUUGGCAUGGUAUUUAUGUACAUGUUUCCGGUCAUGAUUCUGAUUUUGAUAUUGGGUCCGAUUCGCUGAAUGCGAGUGCUGCGUCCGCUACGGGUUCCCUUAUUGCCUGGGGUCGCAAUGAUCGUGGCCAACUUCCGCCGCCGAAUUUGCCGCCUCUGAGUGAGAUUGGCGUUGGUAGUGAGCAUGUUCUUACGCUUUUGGAGGAUGGCUCGGUGGCAACGUUUGGUUGGGGCGAGCAUGGGAAUUGUGGACCGAAUACAGAUGCCCGAGGCAAUGUCGCGGGCAAGUAUAAUUUGAUCCCUCUUCCUGAUGAUGUGCCAGGUGCGAGAGUUGUUGGGGUUAGCGCUGGUUGUGCGACAAGUUGGUUGAUCGUGGAGUGA